AUGCAGAGUCGGGAUCCAGAGGAUCGGCCCGCGAACAAUGCCCUUGGUGUCGGUCGCGCUAUCCUGGCAAAUCGACUCUCCCACUUUCUGAACAUCCGUGGCCCAAGUGUUACACUCGAUACGGCUUGUUCAGGCUCUCUUCAAGGUCUUGAUUUCGCGGCGAGGUACCUCAACAGCGGGGAGGUUGAAGCUGCUAUUGUUGCAACAGCCAACCUUUACAUGAGUCCUGAGCACAUGAUUGAUGCGGGAAAUGUGGGUAGCGCUCACUCUCCAACAGCUCUCUGCCAUACUUUUGAUGUUUCCGCCGAUGGAUACGUCAAGGCGGAGGCAGUCAGUUGUGUCGUCGUGAAGCGGCUUUCAGAUGCACUCCGGGAUAGAGACCCUGUUCGGGCGGUGGUGCUUGGUACUGCGUCGACGAGUCCAAACGCCGAAGCACAGGCCCUCGCCAUUCGUGCCGCGUACGCGAACGCGGGCAUCACAGACCUCAACAGCACAGCAUACCUCGAACAGCUCGGCAUAUGCGUCCGAUGCGAAAUCAACGCUAACCUUGCAUUUUUCUUGCAGUGCCAUGGGACAGGUACUCAGGCUGGAGAUCCCACCGAGGUUCGAGGCGCGGGAUCCUUCUUUGCAGCAUCCCGGCCGGCAGACAAGCCACUGCUCAUUGGGUCCAUCAAGAGCAACAUCGGCCAUUCUGAGCCCUCUGCUGGGAUCUCGGGACUGCUCAAGGCGACCCUGGCGAUCGAACAUGGAGUCAUCCCAGGUACACCUACCUUUAUUAACCCUAGCCCAAAAAUCGACUUCGCUGGCAACAGAGUCAGAGCAUUUCGUAGCGCGAUACCGUGGCCCAAAGAUAUUCUUCGCCGGGCCAGUGUGAACUCGUUCGGCUACGGGGGUUCGAAUGCACACGCCAUCCUCGAACUGCCAGACCAGAAUGUUGUUAGACAUGUUAAAUCAUGGGUAUCUGGAGAGGAUCAGGAGCUUUCUUUUGAAGACGAUUCAGAGCGGCCGUACCUUCUCGUGCUGUCUGCCAACGAUGCUGCGUCCCUAAAAGGCAACAUCAAGACCCUCUCGAACCACCUCAUCAACCCACGCGUCAAGGUCGCUUUGCCUGACCUAGCCUACACACUCUCUGAGCGCCGAUCGAAAUUGUGGCAUCGCGGCUUCAUCACCACCCACAAGGCGGACGAUCUGGAUGAGAAUUCUUUCUUUCUUGCGAAGAAGCAUGCUCAAGCACCGCGGGUUGGGUUCGUCUUCACUGGACAAGGUGCUAUGGGUGCACAGCUCCUACAGUUCUUUCCAUGGACACGCUCUAUCCUUGAAGAGCUUGACGAUGUCCUGCAGAGCCAGCCCAGCCCUCCGGCAUGGUCUCUUCUAGCCGAACUUACAGAGCCACGCUCGGCAGAGCAUCUCCGCCAGCCUGAGUACUCACAGCCUCUGGUGACCGCACUCCAGCUUGCUAUACUUGCCGUGUUAGAGUCCUGGGGCAUCAAGCCAUCGAGUGUUGUCGGGCAUUCUUCGGGUGAAAUUGCAGCUAGUUACGCCGCUGGCCUCCUCGACCGUGCGGGUGCAAUCAAGGCAGCCUUCUACCGAGGUCGUGCGGCAGUCAACUCCAAAGAGACAGCCGAGAAAGAUGUCGGCAUGUUGGCUGUCGGUCUAGGGGCGGAGGCCGCGUCAGGCUUCCUCGAAAAGCAUUUAGGCGAAGCCUGGAUUGCCUGCUUCAACAGUCCCAGCAGUAUCACUGUGUCUGGUCGAAACUCCACACUUGAGUUGCUGAAGAGCGAGAUCUCAGCCGCUGGCCACUUUGCUCGCUUAUUGCAGGUCGAUCUUGCAUAUCACUCCGAACUCAUGGGUCCCAUUGGUGUCGAGUACGAAAAGCUGUUGGCAUCGGACAACAACUUCAGUCCUCUUGAGGUUGACACAUCAUCAAGCGUUACCAUGUACUCCUCCGUUACGACCGAGAAGAAGACUACCCAAGCAGAUGCCCUUUACUGGAAGACAAACAUGGUCUCCGCCGUUCGCUUUGACGAAGCGCUUCAGGCAAUGCUCACGAGCGCCGACUCUCCCAAUGUACUAAUCGAAAUUGGACCAUCAGGUGCACUUGCCGGGCCAGUGUCCCAAGUUCUGAAGUCUUUGCCUGCUGUCGGGGGCGAGGUGACAUAUACUGCGGCGUGGUCUCGCGGGACCAACUCGGGUAAGACGAUUUUCGACGUGGCAGGUCGUUUGUUCGCCGCGGGCGCCCCGAUCGACCUGAGCGUCGUCAAUCAAUACAACGUGGACCCGCAGAAUCUUCCACGCACUAUCAUUGACCUACCAAACUACUCCUGGAACCAUAGCGUGAAGUACUGGCAUGAGAACGCUGCCAGCAAGGACUGGCGAUUCCGGAAAUACGUCGUUCACGAUCUCUUGGGCAGCAAGCUGCUUGGUACGUCUUGGAACAACCCUACUUGGAAGAAUCAUCUGGACGUCGCCAAUGUCCCAUGGCUCUUGGACCACAAAAUGGGCGGCGACGCCAUCAUGCCGGGUGCUGGUUUUGUCACUAUGGCAUUGGAGGCCAUGUGGCAGAAGCACUGUGCUUUGUUGCCGGAUGCUGCUGGUAUUGCUCCCAACGAUCUGAGCUAUCGCUUCCGUAACGUCAAGUUCAACCGUGCGCUGGUAGUCGAGGCUGGUAAGUCAGCCGUUACGUAUGUGACGCUGAACCAAGUUCCUGGAGGAAAAGACUGGCAUGAGUUUCGCAUAUCCUCCACCCUGGGCGAUGCUGUGCAAGAACACGUUGUGGGACUAGCUCGUAUUCAAGAGCCUUUCUCAGAUAUCAUCGACGGAGCAGAUGCUGAGCCCUUAAAGUCGCCACAAGCUUCCAAGCUCUGGUACAAAGCCGAACGGGAGAUUGCUAUGGACUUUGGUCCAGCAUUCCAGAGGCUGCUCCAGAUCGAGGCCGUCAGUGGCCAGCGCUCUUGCCGCACUCUCAUGUCUCUUGCGCCGCCGGAGUCAAAGUGGAAGCCGCAAUCGUACUAUCCUCUCCAUCCCGCGGCAUUGGACGGUUGCUUGCAAACACCCAUUCCGGCUAACGCCGAGGGUGAACGCGGAAACGUGAAGGACGUUAUGAUUCCUGCCAUCAUCGACGACAUAGUCAUCAACAGAGUGCCUGCAGACUUGACAACGGGACGAUCUGUUGCUCGGUCCAACUACUCUGGCCGGGGUCGCAAGGAACUCGACAAGAGUUGGAUCGCGCAAACCUCAGUCUAUGACUCGGAGACUGGUCAGCUCUUGGUCAAGGUUUCGGGCCUUAACUACGUUAAGCUCGACGUUGCUCCCAAGGCCGAUCCCCACACGUUCCUUCGCAUAGACUGGAAGCCUGAUGUCGACAGCCUUACGCAAGACCAGGUGUUUCACCUCCCCGUGGAUCAUAGCCACGGAGCCCUUGCUCGAGUCGACAGCAUGAUUGAUCUUGUCGUCCACAAGAAGCCUGCGCUGAAGAUACUUGAGAUCAAUGCCGAUGCCACAGAUGCUUCAAGUCUUUGGUUCGAAGCCACCAGUGGCGAGCUAUCAGAAGGCUCGAUUCAGGCCAGAGCUGCUUAUGCUCAAUACGACUUCGCUUCGAUCGGGGCGAAGACAAUGAUCAAUGUUCAGGCGAAGUACAAGGAUAAGGCAAACUCAUCAUUCUUCCUCAUUGACCCCAACAACGAAGGGGAAUCGCUCGGCCUACCUAAAGACGCAAGUUACGAUCUUUUCCUUCUUAAGACUUCAGCGAGUACCAGUUCAGGUGUGAUCAAAACCUUGGUCAAGAACCUCAAGCCUUUCCUUCUUCACGGCGCCUCUACUCUCUUGAUCCGACGCGAUCAUGGCGUAGUCAAGACAGCUGGCGAGGAAGACUCGUCCCAUGACUCUGGAACGCCUUCUGAAGCUUCCGGUUCGCAUUCCCCCACAGACACCCCCGCAAGCUCCAUUGGCUCUGAAUCCGAAGGCGAGUCAAACGGCAAGCUUCUUGCACUGAAACCUUCCAACAGCUUUUGGAAUUAUCGCAAUAUGGAAACACUGUCUAGAUCUGCUGGCACUGAUUCUGUCAUUGAAAUCGCCGCAGCUCAUGGCAGUCUUGCGUACUUUUGGCGCAACCAGGCACAGUCAACAUCCAGCGAAGGCAGCCUGGGAAAGCUACUCGUGGCCAAUCUCACAGAGACCUCUCAGCUCAGCCCCAAAGUCUUAACUACAUUGAAGGCUUCCGGUUGGGACGUAAUCGAAGAGAAGGCACCUUUCCCUGAGCUCACCAAGAAGACCGAUGUGGUACUAGUAAUCGAUGAGCUCUCACGCCCGCUUCUCAAGACCGCUACAUCAGCACAAUGGGAAGCGCUGAAGCAACUUCUCACGUCGGGCACGCCUCUGUUAUGGGUUACGAAGGGCGCCGUUGAACAGGGAAGUUACCGUGUCACCGAUCCUGACAACGCUAUGGUCAACGGUCUCUUCCGCGUUGCUCGCCGCGAGGACGAUAGGGCCAAGCUCACCACCCUGGAUGUUCAGAGCAGCACAAGCCCGGCUACCAGCUGGGCAAUUGAGCAAGUCUUGCGGUCCAUUCGAGCGAGUAAGCCGGAGAUGAGCAACGAAACCGAAUACGUUGAGCGCGAUGGAAUCCUCUACGUGCAGAGGCUGAUUCCAGAUAAACCAGUCAACGACUUCAAGCAGGCCGAGAUCGAGGGUGCUGCCACUGUCGUUCGCGAGUUCCACGGCACUGGUGCGCAAUUACAGCUGUACGCUGAGCGUGUCGGCACUCUUCAGAGCCUAGCGUGGAAUGAGACUGGCGUGUACGAAGAAGACCCUGUUGAACCCGACGAUAUUGAAGUUGAGGUUCAUGCUGUAGGUGUCAACUUCAAAGAUGUUGCUACUAGUAUGGGCAUUGUACCUGAAAAUGAGUACAUGAUUGGUUUUGAGUGCGCGGGUAUUGUCAACCAAGUUGGUCACAACGUCACCAACUACAAAGCGGGCGACCGCGUCUGCAUCUUGGUCCCUGGAAGCUACGCUAAUCGCGUACGAGUCGCCGCCAAAAGAUGCCAUAUCAUUCCAUCUACAAUGACUUACGAAGAAGCUGCCACUAUCCCUUCGGUCUACCUGUGCUCCCUAUAUGGGCUGUACCACCUCGGGGGUCUCAAGGAGGGUCAAAAUGUCCUCAUUCAUUCUGCUACAGGGGGUGUAGGUAUUGCCGCUAUCGAGUUGGCAUUGCACAAGAAGGCCAAUAUUUAUGUGACUGUCGGAACCGAAGAGAAGCGGAAGUAUCUCGAAGACACGUACGGUAUCCAACGCAGCCACAUGUUUUCCUCGCGAAACACCAAAUUCGCAGGCGAGAUCUUGCGCGCCACGGGUGGUCGGGGUAUUGAUGUCAUCCUGAACUCACUCGUAGGCGAGCUACUCGAUGAGUCCUGGAGGAUUGUGGCCAACGGUGGUACCAUGGUCGAGAUUGGUAAGAGAGACAUCGUGGAUCGCAACACCUUGGCAAUGGAGCCUUUUGAUCGCAAUUGUUCCUUCCGCGCCGUCGACAUGUCGUUUACAAAGGACAUUGACAACGACAAAAUCACGUCGCUCUUCAACGAGCUCUUCGUUCUCAUCGAGGCUGGUCAUAUCAAGCCUAUACACCCGAUCACCAUCUUCCCCUUCGACGAUGUGCCUGCGGCUUUGUCUCAUAUCCGCGCUGGCCGCCAUCUUGGCAAAAUCGUCAUCUCCAAUCAAGAAAAGGAAGACAUCCCGGUCACGGUGCGACCAGCUGUUCGUAAGCUCAAGUUGCGAUCUGACGUCUCGUACGUUAUCGUCGGAGGGCUCAAGGGGGCUUGUGGCACCUUGGCCAUUCACAUGGCUAGCCAUGGCGCGCGCCAUAUCAUCGUCAGCAGCAGGAGUGGUAUCGCCGACCCGGCUUCUGAACGGAUCAUUCGUCACUGCACCAACUAUGGCACGACUGUUGUUGAAGCUAAAGGCGACAUAAGCGAUCCCCAAGCAGUGCGUCGCUUGUUCGAAACCGCCAAACCCAGGAUUGCAGGUAUCAUUCAGGGAGCUAUGGUUCUUCGAGAUAAACCAUUUGAGACUAUGACUAUCGACGACUACCACACUGCAGUCCGUGCCAAGGUCCAUGGAACCUGGAACUUGCACAACGCGUCUGUGGCACAGAAGCAUCCACUAGACUUCUUCAGCAUGCUUUCCAGUACAUCUGGUAUUGUUGGCAAUAAAGGUCAAGCGAACUACGCCGCUGCCAACACUUUCCUGGAUGCGUUUGCCAGCUACCGCCGCUCGCUCGGCCACAAAGCGCACACCGUCGACUUGGGCGUUAUCGAAGAUGUCGGUUAUGUCGCAGAGCAGGAUACUGGGCUCGAAGCGCGCUUUGACAAGCGUCAAUGGACACCCAUUAACGAGACAAUGCUGCGCAAGAUAUUGACGUACUCCAUUCUGCAGCAGGACAAUGCACCCCUGAAUACCGCUAGCGACGCCGAGAUGAUAACUGGAGUCGGUUUCCCUCUGACAAAGGAUGGCUCUGAUCUCCACCUUGAGCCUCGAUUUGCCUACCUCUUUAGUUCCCACGGUGCCGGUUCUGUGCUUGACACUGGCGGCGAUGGCGACGCAACAGAUGCGGCUGUCAAGGCGGUGCGUGUUUUGCACAAGUCGAAAGCAGAUAAAGCAGCGCUCGUGAACGCUGCCGUUGAGGCGGUUGGAAGCCAAUUCGUCAAGAUCCUCCGGCUGGAGGCGGAGGUUGAGCCUGGUCGACCAUUGAUGGCAUAUGGGCUAGACAGUCUAUCCGCGGUCGAAUUGCGCAACUGGAUUCGACAGAAAUUGGGUGUUGAAUUGACGACUCUGGAUAUCACAAAUGCCAGCUCAUUGAUCAGCUUGGCUGAGAAGUUGGUGGAGAAGUUGCCUGAACCCGAGUAG